AUGAAACAAGAAUACACAAUUGGAAUAAAGACUGUAAAUGAUCGAAUCGGUGCAUAUAUCUAUGAUACUCACUUGGACAUAUUAAAAGUUACUGACAAACGUGGGGACCAUUUGAAGAAUACAACCACAAAAACCAACGUCGAGAUAUUCGUGAAUGAUGAGCCUGUCAGAGAUAAAUUGUACAUCUUCAAAGCAGAAUUCUUUGCUGCAUUCUAUGCGAGAAAGCAACCCAGAUUUCUCCGUGUUACAAAAUGUUCUCAAACUGGCAAUGCAAAAUAUAUAAUAGAAGAAAUUGACAAAGUUAGGACCAAUUUUCAGUGGAGCUCCUUGAAGUGGAUUAAUUCAUCAUUCAAAAGCGCAAUAUCAGAGGACGGUGACGUUUUGCUGUGA